UGUGUUGAAAACAAUUGUGUCUGCUAUGUUCAUGUAUUUUCUAUAAACUGUAUCCAUUUACCAAUAUUUUUAGCUUCUUAUUGCUAGUUAAAUUCACUCUUCAAUAAGCAUGGCUGCAAGAGUUUUGAUGAUUAUGUUGCUGAGUUUGACAGCAGCAUUUGCAGAACCAUUAAGCAGAAGAAGGGCAAUGCAAGUGAUACAGGAAGUGAAGCAGAAAGGGCCAUAUUUUGGUAUCAUCGCUGCCUACCCACCUGAGGAGAUUGCAUUUUUUGCUUCCAAGGCAUUUGAACCCGAUCCAAAUCACCCUUUUGUGGAACUCUCAGGGAGGCUAUACAGGGUCGGGAAGGUCUUUGAUAAGAAAGUCAUCUUUGUGAGGUGUGGAGUAGGAAUGCUGAACGCAGCAGCAGUGGCACAACAAAUGAUUGAUGUGUUAGACGUAGUUGGGAUACUGCAUUUUGGAAUUGCUGGAAGUGCGAAUGACUCCAUUUCCUUUGGGGAUGUCACCAUUCCCAAACAGUUUGUUCAUACUGGCCUAUGGGACUGGCUGAAGCCGAAUGGGACACUUGAAAGUAGUGACUUUGCUCACUUGGAUUUUGGUAACUUCGAUGUUCCAAAAGGCAACAAUUUGUUGGGACGUGUUGGCUACAGUUCUGAAGAAUUCUUUUCUGUCACUGGAAAACCCAACUUAGCACAGCGUUUGAUCUGGGCUAAAGUUACUUCUCAAUGGCUUCAACUUGCUGCUACUUUGGAGGGAAUACAGCUAGAACGUUGUAUAAACUCGAGCUUUUGUCUUCCGCAUAGUACCAAGUUAGUGGUUGGUGUGAAUGGCACAUCAGCCGACAUAUAUGUCGACAAUGAAGCUUACAGAGAUUUCCUGUUCCAAACAUUUCAAGUUUCUUCUGUUGAUAUGGAGAGUUUCGCCAUAGUCAUGACAAGCUUGUCGAAUGGGAUUCCAGUGGUAGUGAUAAGAGGAAUAUCAGAUAUGGCGGGAAAGAGCGGAGAAGAAGCCAUUGACACAUUUGGAGCUCUUGCUGCUACCAAUGCAGUCACAGUUUUGCUUCGCCUUCUCAACAUUUUGCCUUCCUCACUUCAUCAUUACAUUUCAUUUUUUAACUUCUUCCAACAACAGUCUACUUCUUUCAUCACUUUGAUCUUACUGUUGUUCUUUCUUUUUUAUCCGCAAAUAUAA